GCCGGUCGGGGGCGGGGGCAACCCGAGCGUCCCCGGCGGCAGCGCCGGGCUCAGCCGGGGGAGCGCGGAGACCUGCCGAGUUCUGCCGAGCGUAGCCGAGUUCAGCCGAGAGGAGGCGAAUGCAGCGAGCGGCAUCGCGGGCGCUGGGCGGGUCGCGGACCCCCCGAGUGCUGACUUCCCUGGGUCGGACUCCCCGAGUGCUGACCUCCCUGGCUGGGACCCCCCCGGUGCGGGCACGAUCGGCCACGGCGGGGACCCCUCCGCUCGGGCUGCUCUAUGAGCGGCAUGGGGAGGCCGCAGCUGUCGUGCAACUGAAGGAUCUGGAAGUGCCCAAGCUGGGGGACUGCGAUGUCCACGUCAAGAUGUUGGCAGCCCCCAUCAAUCCUGCCGACAUCAACAUGAUUCAAGGGACCUACCCCCUCCUGUCGCCGCUGCCGGCUGUGGGGGGGAACGAAGGUGUCGGGGAGGUGCUGGAGGUUGGGCGCCAUGUGACAGCUCUGAAACCUGGGGACUGGGUCAUCCCCGCAGAUGCCGGACUUGGGACGUGGCGGACGCGGGGAGUGUUCCCUGAGAAGAUGCUGCUAAAGGUGCCCAGUGACAUCCCAAUGCUCUGUGCUGCCACUCUGAGCGUCAACCCCUGCACAGCGUUCCGUCUGCUGGCUGACUUUGAGAGCCUGGCACCUGGUGACUCCAUCAUCCAGAACGCUGCCAACAGUGGGGUGGGCCAGGCCGUCAUCCAGAUCGCCAGGGCCUCUGGCAUCAAGACCAUCAAUGUGGUGAGGGACAGACCUGAUCUCCCAACACUGGUGGAGAGGCUGAUGGCCCUGGGCGCUGACCAUGUCAUCACAGAGGAAAUGCUGAGAAAGCCAGAGAUGAAAGAUAUAUUUAAGAGCAUCCCGAGGCCCCGGCUCGCCCUGAACUGUGUUGGAGGCAAAAGCACCACAGAGAUGCUGCGGCAUCUGCAGCCCAAGGGGACUGUGGUCACCUAUGGGGGGAUGGCAAAGCAGCCUGUGAUGGUGCCUGUGAGUGCCUUCAUCUUCCGGGACAUGAGGCUCCGCGGGUUCUGGAUGACACAGUGGCGAAAGGACCACGCGCAGGAAUCCAUGGAACAUGAGCUGGAGAAGAAAGCCUCUCAUGGACUCGGCUUCAAAGAUCUUCUGGGUCCCCCUCCUGCCCAGUACUUCCUUCCUGAAGAGCUUUUCUCCAAUCACAACGCAGUUCCCAUCAUUGCCCCAUCAGAUCGACUUGAAACUCUGGCUGCUCAGAAUCUCCCAGAGCUUCCUGAGGAAAGAGUCAGCCAAAGGGGGUCCCACAGCAGCAUCCCAAGAUGGUCCCAUAUCAUCUCCGGGAUGGUCAGGAGAAGCUGAAGCCACCCACCAAGCUGGAUCCUCCAGGACAGAAGCACAGGAUGUCUCCUAUGAAGACAGCUCCAUUUAGACUUAUUUUUCCACAGCUUGGCUCCCUCCAACCAGCUUCUUGGUUCUGACAGGCAGCAGGAUGGAAUCCUGUCGCUCCAGCUGCCUGGGAAGUUCUCCAGCCUGUGUUCCAUCACAGUGACAUCACAGCGUAACACCUGUCUUCUGGCAGCAGGAGGUGGGAGAUGGAGAAAUAACCCCAAAACCCUGAUUUCCCAGAGAUCUGUUUGAGCCCAGAGCUGAUUCCAGCUGUAUUUCCAUGUGGAAUGUCCUGCCAGGGCAGUGCUGUGUUCCAGUGCCCCUGGGAGCAGUACCCAGGGAGGGAUGGGGAAGGGGACAGCAUUGGGCAUCCAAAUGCCCCAGACCUCAGGUUUUUCACUUGGGACCUUCUCCCCCAUGCAGAAAUGCCAAUAUGGAAUUCCUCUGGAAUGAUUCAGGUGUGUGGUAUCCACAGGGCUGCUUCUCCUGUGACUGUCCCUGUUCCUGGGUGAUGUUCUCAGAUCCCAGCAGGCUCUCCAUGCUGCUCCAUAGCAUGAACUGUACGAGAAAUGUUCCUCAAACACAUCUUGCAAUGGAAAUAACUUCCCUUGGGUUGGGUUCCUCAAACUUUCUUUGCCUCAGAACCUUCAGAACCCAGCCCAGGGACCUCACUGGUGUUCUCCCACCUUGUGCCCAUUUCUCAACAGGCUCCGAGUGAGAGGACCGCGGAAUUGUGUGGAAUUGUGCAUGGAUAGAGGAAUUGUGAGGGACUGGUUGUGUCAGCUGAAGGCUCUUCCGGGAUUCAUCCUGGAGUCCUGGAUGAGUUGGUGGGGUUAUGGCAGGGCCUCUCUGGAUCUACCGAAGGCCUGGGGGGCCCAGGGAGAUCACUCCUCUCUGGGAGCUGGCAGUGUCAUUCCCAUGCACAGAGAGGGUCUGGGGGACAGCCCAGGAAGGUGUACCUUCAUUUGGGGGAUUUUCUGGUCUCAUGGGGUGAGGAGAAGAGCAGGGCAGGAAUGUUGCUCAGGAUUGGAGGGAGCACUGUCCAACUGCAUGUGCACUUGGAAGAGCAAAACUCUCUGAAAUUAAACCCCACUGCCAUGCUGGCUACUAAAUGGACAUAUCAAAGCCAUUUCAUCCCCCCUAAAACCCUUCACACUGAGACCUCCCUUAGCAGAAGGCAGGUGUGCCCCAGGAUAGACUCUGCGCCAGCAUCUCCCUUCUGUUCCUCCCUCCCUAAUAAAUCCCCCAAUAUUUUGCAUUUCCUUUCCCCAUGCCAGCAUUGGAGGCAGAGCCCCAUUGUGUGCCUCCGUGCUUCCUGAUCAAUUGAUAAAGUGGGGAAAAAAAGCAAAAAAAGAGCCAAGAGAUCGUUACGAGCACUAAUAAGCAUGGCAUAAACCAGAAAAAUUAAGGCAGAGCUUUUAUCCCCCAUUGUUUAUUGGGCUCAGCAUUUAUUAAAACCCAACAUGCUUUAGAGAACUCUUUCACAAAAUUUUCUGACCUCUCACUCCUAUACCAGGGCACAAAGGAAUAAAUAAAUAAAUUUAAUUCUCCUUGUCAAA